AUGUCAACCGAAUCAUCUUCUCCAGAAGUUGUCAUUUUAGUCUACGCGUGUCACCUAUGUGAAGAGAUGAAAUCUGAGGGACGAAACCUCAGGUCACAUUUACUAUCUGUUCACUCAAUUGAAUUACCAAAGUUGAAACGUGGCCAGCGUUAUCACAACUCAUUGCAGUAUUUCUUCACAAAGUCGAAUAACAACGAAGCACAUCAAGCCAUCAAACAAAGGUUCGCAUGUCCGUCUUGCUUGAAUCAUUUUGCAACCAAUGAAGAGUAUAAACUACAUGUAAAGACACCUAUUGAUUCUGAGGAAUAG